AUGGGAUGGAACGGGAACCACUCCUCCGUGACCAUGUUUAUCCUCCUGGGUCUCUCAGAUGAUAAAGAGCUUCAAAUCAUCUUCUUUCCUAUAUUUCUAGGAAUCUACCUUGUAACUCUCAUCUGGAACAUAGGUCUUAUCAUCCUGAUAAGGAUAGACUCUCAUCUGCACACACCUAUGUACUUUUUUCUCACUUUUCUCUCUUUAAUAGACAUAUGUUUUUCUUCUUCCAUCAGCCCUAAGAUGAUUUCAGACUUCUUAAAAUGCGAUAAAACAAUUUCCUUUAUUGCUUGUGCAGUUCAGUAUUUUGUUGCAGCCUGGAUGGGCAUAUCUGAAUGCUGCCUCUUGGCUGUCAUGGCCAUCGACCGAUAUGUAGCCAUUGGCAAGCCUCUGCAAUACUCAGUCAUUAUAUCCCCUGGCGUCUGUAGGAGGAUGGUUGCUGGGGUCUAUAGCACUGCUUUCCUUAGCAGCUUAGCACAGACAAUCUGUUGCUUUAAUCUCUACUAUUGUGGUCCAAAUGUCAUACAACAUUUCUUCUGUGAUUUACCCAAGAUUAUCCCCUUGUCUUGCUCCAAUUUCUUCAUCAGUGAACUAAUCCUUCUUCUGGAAGCCCUUUUUUUCGUGUUUGGCUCCUUUCUUGUUACUCUCUUAUCCUACAGCUUCAUCGUGAUUGCCAUCUUUAAAAUGUCCUCCGGCAAAGCGAGUAUCAAGGCCUUCAAUACCUGUGUCUCUCACCUGGCAGCUGUGACGCUGUUCUUUGGCACAGCUCUCUCUGUGUACAUGCGCCCCAACUCUACUCAGUCCCUGAAGCAGGACAAAGUCCUGUCAUUGUUCUACCCCAUUAUCAUCCCCAUGUUAAAUCCUCUCAUCUAUAGUCUCAGAAAUAAGGACAUCAAAGAAGCCCUCAAGAGGGCGAUAAAAAGAGUAACCCAGUAA